AUGGCACCCUCCUCCUCCACCGGCGCACCCGCAGCGCGGCAGCCGUCGCGCAAGGGCAAGGCGGCGUGGCGCAAGAACGUCGACCUGGCGCCCGUCGAGGCGGCCCUCGAUGCUGCGCGUGCGCGCGAGCGCGAUGGCAGCGGCAGUGCCGGCGCGCCGCUCUUCGUCGAGGACCGCACGGGCGACGAGGCGGUGGGCGCACGCAUGGCGCGCGCCCGCCGCGCACAGAAGCCGCUGCGCAGCCUCGAGGUGCUGCGCAGCACCAGCGCCGUGCCGCCCGUGGCGGGCCGCGCGCGCGCCGGCGUCGCCGCCGGCCAGACGGCGCUGCAGGCGUCGGGCAUGAGCAAGAAGCAGAAGGACAAGCUGCGCCGCAGCGCCGGGCGCGCCGUCAAGGGCCCCUUUGGCGCCGUCGUGGAGAGCGAGCAGGGCAAGAGCAAGGACAAGGAGGCCGUCGCGGACGCCGAGUACGACCUCUGGCAGCAGCAGUCGGCCGCCGCCGGCAAGCGCAAGGCCGACGAGAGCAGCAACGAGUGGCUGGCUGCGGCGAUGGAGAAGUCCAACAAUAAGCCACGCAAGGCACCGCGGACGCUGACGGCAGCGCGCCCGACCAUCGCGCCGGCAGCAGUCGUGGUACCGCACGAGGGCCAAUCGUACAACCCGCCAGCAGCAGCGCACGACGAGCUGCUCACGUCGGCCGGCGCUGCGGCGGUGCGGGCCGAGGAGGUGCGGCUGAAGGACGCGGCGUACAAGAAGGGCUGGAAGGCCGGUGCCGAGGUGGCAGCGUUCGACGAGGGCGGACAGCGCGUGCGCGGCAUGCUGGUGGGCGCCGGCGAUGCAGAGGCAAUGGAGAGCGCCGAUGAGGAUGCCGAGGAGGAGGUGCCGGAACUCAGUGAGGACGAGGAUGCAGAGCCGAAGAACACGGACCCGAAACGCAAGACCAAGGCGCAAAGAGCCCGCGCUGCUCGCGUCAAGGCAGAGGCGGCAGCACGCAUGGCAGCCAAGGCCCUGCGCAUGCAGCGCGCCUCGCUCCUAUCGUUGCCAGCGCUCAAGAAGGCGCAGGCACGUGCCGAGCGCGAACGGCUCGCGGCUGCGGCAGCCAAGCAGGCGCUGCUGGACGAGCGGCGCCUCAAGGACGGCAUGCGCGGCGAGCGUGUGGGCAAGUUCCGCGUGCCGGAGCAGGAGAUCGACGUGCAGCUCGGCGAGGAGCUGGCGGACGGCCUGCGCACGCUCAAGCCCGAGGGCAACCUCUUCCGCGACCGCUUCGACAGCCUGACGGCGCGCGGCCUCGCCGAGCCGCGCAAGCUCGUCAUGCCGCAGGCCGGCACGCAGCGCGGCGGCAUGAAGCGCCGCAAGGAGGUCGAGACGCACUCUUACAAGCGCUUCGUCUGAGCUCCUCCGCCUUGCCUGCUCCUCCUGCUGUAGAGGGCGCACCUGCCUCCUUCCCUUCGACUUGUGGGCCCUCGGUCACUGUACACUUGCAUAGACUGCUUUUG